ACGUUUGUCGUGAUUUUUUUUACAAUUAAAAAAAAUAUUAGUUUUUUAAAAAAAGUGCGACAAAUGCAAUUUGAUCUAAUUAUUUACAUAUAAAGGAAGUCAAUAUUUACCAAAAAAAGUUCCAAUUGAAUUAAAAUGAAACACGUUCGGAACAAACAAACGUGUUGCAAAGUCGCAAUUCUGCUUAUCUCUGGACUAAUGGUUACACUGAUACUUAUCGACAGCUUCAAUAAUCGGAAUGUCGUCACUCCGCCGAGCAUAGAUAAAAAUCUGAUAAUCAAUAUCAGCGAAAAACACAAAAGUUAUCCUGAAAAUCAGUUCAACUAUUCAACCAGCUUCAAGGAAUAUUUUCCCUAUAACGAAUACAGUUCCUUUUGGAAGAAAAUUCAAACGCAAUGUGCUCCAUUUCCUGAUAUUUUCGACUUGAAUUUCCACAAUACUUAUUGGCAACGCUUAUCGCCAAAGCCAGAUGUUCAUGUCGAUAUGUUUCGCGCGUAUUAUGACGAUCGCGCCAUCUUGAAAGCACCUGUGAUUCGGAUCAUUGCCGCCAUUAAUGUUGUGGCGCCCGAUUUUAAACUUACCUGUCAAAUGUGGUUUGAUCCGCAUAAAGAAGCGACCUUCACUACAGUUUCGGGCUAUAAUAUGAUUUGGAAUCAGAAUUACAUCAAGAUCAAAGAUGGAACCUUCAUUGGCUUCCUCAUAACUUGCCCUAUUCCAGAAAAUGCGACAAAAACUCCGUUGGUUGUUUCGUUGGUGACAAACAAAUGUGACAAAGCGACAAACAGUUUGAAAGUGGAAAAUAAUCGACCGCCAGAGGGCAUGCCGAAGAAAGAUUUCGCUGUUUGUGUUAAAGGAAUGGAUUUCCUAACAGAAGAUCUUUCAAUUCCUUUAGUUGAGUUUGUGGAAACGAAUUUGAUGUUCGGAGUGGAUAAAAUUGUAACUUACAACUUGGGAGUUCAUCCGAAUAUGACAGAUGUUUUGAAUUAUUACAUAAAGGCGGGAAAAAUGGAAGUUCAUCCGAUCUCACUUCCCGCCAAUUAUCCGAAUGAUCCGUUUUUGCGCCAUCUGUUCCUCAAAAGUCGUCAUACGAUUAAAAUUCUUCAGGAACUAAUUCCGUACAAUGAUUGCUUCUACAAAAAUAUGCAUUUGUACAAGUACAUCAUGCUACUUGACAUCGAUGAGGUUUUUGUUCCUACUGUCGCAAAUAAUUACAAGGACAUGCUGCAAAACUUUACGGGACGAUUUUCAUCAAUUUUUGCCCAUAAUAAGAUUUUUGUCCGGAAAAGUAGUGAUAAAAACUUUAAUGAAAUGCUUCCGCGACAUUUAGAUUUCUUACAAACCACAACAGUAGCGAAAGAUUACGAGAAACCGUACAUCCUGAAUGUGAAAUCAUUUUUCAAUACAGAGGAAACUCUGACACUGAAUAAUCACAUGCCUUACGAAUGCUUUGGGAAAUGUAUCAGAAAGGAACUUAAACAGGAUGCGGGACAGUUGAAUCAUUACAGGAAGAAGUGUGAUAAUUAUAACAAUAAAGAGUGCAAGGAAAAAGAUUAUCUAAUGGAGAAAAAUGAGGCGAUGUUAAGGUUUAAAGAUGAAUUUAUUGAAAGGACGAAUAAAGUGUUGAAAGAGUUGCAGUUGAUAUGUUAAAAAAAAUAUUUAAAUUUUUAAGUGCUUUAAAAAUAAGCUAAAAGUGAUUUAAAAAAGGAUAAAAUUUAAAAAAUAUGAAAAAAUAAAAAAAAAACGAAAAAUAUAAAAUAUUAGCGUUUGAUCGCCAUCUGGUAGUGAAUAGUAAAACCAAAGUUGAAUGGUAUAAAAAUUCAAAUUUAUUGAUGUAAAA